AUGCGCCCAAUAGUCCGGCAGAGCGUACGCUUGGCCAACAGAAGCCGCUCUCAAUCACGGUCGAACCAUCCCAGAUGCGCGCAGCAGCAUAUUCGAAGUUUCAGCAAGAGUGUACUCUACCAAAGCGACAAUCGACCCCCGACCCUACCGCCAGAGCAGCAUACGCCUUUUCAGUUUCGUGAAGAAGGGCAGAGACCACGCGGGGAUGUCGCGCAAAGCGAUACGAAGCAGGGCGCACAAUCCGAGGCGAAAAUAGCUGAGGAUGAACAGAAGCAACGAACUGGAUUGACAAAGAGACAGAGACGGCGCGAGGCCCUGACACCAACUGUUCCAAAACCGCCGCCGAUACCUGAGUGGUUUUUGACUCAUAAUGUAAAGCUGCACGUCGAACGGGCAAAAUCAGAUCGGCAGGCUGAAUCCGCCCAAGUACUGAAGUGCGCUGACAAUGCCACCGGCCAUGUCUUGUUCACAUUGCCAUAUUAUGAAGCGUGGCCAGUGCCAGACCUAAAAGGGCGGACUUCCAGUGGCGGGGAGGCCAAUGAUGGGGAGUUGGCGCAGCAAAAGUUAUCAGAGCAGAGCUUCUUCGACAGUCAUCGGGGUGAUGGCAAUGGCACACCUGAUCAAACAAGCUCGAAUACUCGGCAUCAACCUAUCAAGACACCUCCCUCUGACGAAGCCUACAAAGACGUGAACCCACACGCCCUACUCCGGUGGGCGAUACUGCAGGCAGAGAUGGGCAUCCGAGCAGCCUUUGCAACGGCCAAAGACGUACCUCAACAUUCUUCGCAAGCAGCUUCGAGGGUUGAUUUAACACUCCACUGCCGUGAUUCCGGGUCGGACUCCCAUCUGGACGACCUUGUGGAAGACCUUGCUGCUAUCACCGGAUCAGACAUAAUCCGCCUGGAUGCCAAUGACCUUGCAGAGCUUACAGCAGACUAUGUGGGAAGGGGGUCAGAUACGCCAGGCUCGUUUUCCAACCUGGCCUACGAUGUCUUCUGUAAUAAGUUUGCGCCAUCAUCUGGUCGUCCAGAUCGCAUCGCUGAGGACGAGGGAGAGGAUGAUCUGGAGGAGGACGAAGCAGACGAAGAUGAGAUGAACGAUUCGCAGGGCGGUUGGGGCGGCAGAUGGACGAAGGUGGAUGCACUAGGCUUUACUAGUCUAAGCAGUCUACAGAGAAGGUUGAUGGACGCUGCGACUGGAGUCCGGAAAUCGCCAGCACGACUCGAAGUGGACAUCAAUGUCCCAAUGGAGAGAUCAGCAAUGCAUCGAGAGCACUUCACAGCAAUGCCUUCAUCCGAUGAACCUAAGUACGACGACGCGAAGCUGUCUGCAUUGCUGGAUGACUUGCUUGAUGCUCCUGCCCUGAAACGACGAGCUCCCCACACCCAGAGUAACGAGACUUUGCGACGCUUGGGCUCGCGCACGGCCGGUCCAUAUGCUCAGUCCGACAAUGCAAUGUGGCGCAUGUGGCGAUCGGAUACUGGCAGCUGGCUGCCAGAUGUGUCUGGAUUGCUGGCUGCGCACGUUCACGCCUCUAGUGAUGAGACUGGAAAGGGCCUAUCUGGGGUUAAGCUUGAACCAUCAGAACAUUGCUACAGCGCAGAGGCUCCUGCAGGCUCGGGGCCACCGAAGACUAUCAUUCACAUACGCAAUCUGCGAGAGAUCUGCCAUAAUCGACUAGGAGAAGCCAUCAUCCGCUGUCUGGUAAGUAUUACACAAAAGCGGCGGCGGGCUGGAUCAGAAGUUGUGCUUGUAGGAACCUCAUCUGCUGAAGGGUUCCCAUUCAUAUCACAUACCCCAGGUCUGAAUGAUUUUCGAGAGGUGCGCGUUCCCGCUGUGUUCGAACUGUCCAAGGAGGAUCAAGCGCUUUACAAGUCGAGCACAGAUGAAACAUGGGCGGCUGGACCGAAGAAUCCUCGCUUUCUAGAAAUGAACUUGAGGCAUAUCCGUAGAAUGCUCGAGACUUUGCAGCCUGGAAGCGAUUUCGAUCCAUACUCUGAAUCUGCUCAACGGCUGCUGGUAUUGGGCGGAUAUGAUCUAGACCGGGAACCACUAUCAUUCGACAGAGUACAAGCGUUGGUAUUGACUGCCAUCGGUCUUGCCCAAUCCCACGCAUUGUCGAGCUCUGUGAACGCUAGCCAUAUAGCACUGGCAUCUCACAUCGAAUGGCAGGCAGCCAAGACUGCAAGCGACUCCUUCGAUAACAAGAACAUGCGACGAAUGGCCAGGUUCCAGUUGUCUUCAGAUCUCAACGGGGUACCAGAGGGAGAUCCAAACUCGGUCGAAGGAGGACAGUCUCGUUUAGAUAAGCUCAAGCAGAGCAGCAACAGCCAUGAGACGCGACUGUUUCCAAGUGUUAUUGAUCCGCAGAACAUCAAGACUGGGUUCGACCAAGUCCACGCUCCUCCGGAGACUAUCGACGCCCUUAAGAUGUUGACAUCGCUGUCAUUACAGCGGCCUGACGCUUUCAAGUAUGGCAUUCUAGCUGCAGAUCGUUUGCCUGGUCUGCUGCUCUAUGGGCCACCUGGAACUGGCAAAACGCUACUUGCUAAAGCGGUCGCUAAGGAGUCCGGCGCGACAGUCUUGGAGAUAAGCGGGGCGCAGAUCUACGAAAAGUACGUGGGCGAGGGAGAGAAAAUGGUCCGCGCGGUUUUCAGUCUUGCGAAGAAACUGACUCCUUGCAUCCUGUUCUUGGAUGAAGCGGAUGCUAUCUUCGGCAGUCGCAGUAAUGCUGGCAAUAGGAAUACUCACCGAGAAAUCAUCAACCAGUUCUUGAGAGAAUGGGAUGGCAUGGAGAUGCACAAUGUCUUCGUCAUGGUUGCUAGCAAUCGGCCGUUUGAUUUGGACGAUGCAGUCUUACGACGCCUUCCUCGAAGACUUCUUGUUGAUCUUCCAGUCGCGAAGGACAGGGAGUCGAUUCUCAAAAUACACCUGAACGACGAGACAUUGGAUGAGAGCGUGGACCUGGCAAAGCUCGCAGGCGAUACACCCCUUUACUCUGGAUCGGAUCUGAAGAACCUCUGCGUCUCGGCGGCGCUUGCUUGCGUCGGCGAAGAAAACGACCUGGCGCAGAGCAAGAAGGAUGACAAAGAAUUCAAGCUUCCAGAGAAGCGUGUGUUGUCCGGUCGACAUUUUGAGAAGGCGAUCAAGGAGAUUUCUGCAUCGAUUAGCGAAGAUAUGGAUUCAUUGACUGCCAUCAAAAAGUUCGACGAGCAAUUCGGUGAUCGACGAGGGCGGAAAACACGACCAAGUUAUGGCUUCGGCCAAGAGUGCGCUCUGGAACUCCGCCACGGUAGCUUGACGCUGGCGGCAGGCAAAGAUUACCUAAGACCUUACUUUAGCCCGCCGGAGGAUGGCCUCGACAGCGUGUGGCAGAUGUUCUGCUGUGCUCUCACCUCUUCACACGUCUUCACAAAUAGCUGGUCAAGUGACACGAACUUUGUCAGUGUGUCUCGCCACUCUCAUUCAGAGAUGGCUGCCCUGGAGCUUAUCAUGUUCGGCGGAAUCGUUCUCGAUCACGUUAUCUGCGUAAUUUCUCGCUUCAUGCUCUCCCUGUUCGAAGCGAAAGUUGAGCGGGAAAAGCAAGACUUUGUAAGCGAAAAGCAAAGUGGCCGCAAAGUAAAUGACUUGGCGGGCGAGGAGUACGCAAUCGAAUGUCUUGGGCUUCUUGGCUAUCCACACGUCUCGUUCAGUAGUCGAUGCGCUGGUGCUUCGCGGACGGAGGUGACUCCUAUGCAGCGCUGCUUUGCGCCGGGCCGUGUCGGUGCGGUAUACUGUAGCAGUAGAUGGAGUGAUGUUGUUCUCCCAUCGCCCCAGGAACAGUUGUUACCUGGUAGACACACAACUCCACCGCCAGCCAAUGAAGGAGCCGGAAUCUCAGCACGGCCUGGAGCGUUCUCGGAGCAAAUUGUGGUGGCGGCUGAGCGCCUUCUCAUCUCUUGUCUCUUGCUGUACACUACUACUACUGCUGUGAGCGCAUGCUGCCUCCGCUCGUUGACGACACGACACUCACUGUGUCUUUUUGGUACAACAACCACGCUCUUCCCCGUAGAGACUCUCAUUGGCAGGAGAUCGAUUCCCUAUCGUACUCGGGGACCCAUUGAAACUUUGCUCCUGCGCAUGAGAGCCGCCACUCCCACUCCUUGA